AUUAUAUAAACUUUAUAUCCGCUACUACAAGCAGUUCCAAGAUCUGACCAAUCAGAAAAGGGAAAGACUAACUUAUCGCAAACACAAAUCACAAAAUUUGUCAACAAACAAAAACACAGCCGGCUCGAGGAAGUAAAUUUAAAACUACACAAAUCUGGUGUAAAUCGAAGCAAAGGAUUAUGGCAGGUUCGAGUGUUGACGUGAAGUCAAAUGUUAGACAGUUGCUUGCAAGUCUUGCAAACUCUGGUGGAACACACAAAGACCAAGCUGAAAAGUACCGUCAAAUUCUUGAAAAUAUUCUUGCAGCUGAUGGAGAAGACUUGGUAGAGGGAUUGAAGGCAUUUAUUGAGGCUAUUGUGAACGAGAAUGUGAGCCUUGUUAUUUCACGCCAACUUCUGACUGAUGUCUGCAACCACCUGCAAAAAUUGCCUGAAGAUGUCUCAAAAUCAGUGUCGCAUUUCACUCUAGACAAGGUUCAGCCAAGGGUGAUUUCUUUUGAGGAGCAAGUUGCCAGCAUUCGACAACAUUUGGCUGAGAUCUACGAAACCAACCAGUCUUGGAGAGAUGCCGCUAAUGUUCUUGUUGGAAUUCCUCUCGAGACUGGUCAAAAGCAAUACACUGUUGAAUAUAAACUAGAGACAUACCUGAAGAUUGCACGUCUGUAUUUGGAAGAUGACGAUCCUGUCCAAGCUGAGGCAUUCAUUAAUCGAGCCUCAUUGCUGCAGGCGGAGUCCAAAGACCAGCAGCUUCAAAUUUUGUACAAAGUUUGCUAUGCAAGAGUGCUGGACUACAGGAGGAAAUUCAUUGAAGCCGCACAACGCUAUAACGAGCUAUCUUACAAAACAAUAAUUCAUGAGGACGAGCGAAUGACUGCUCUGAAAAAUGCUCUACUUUGCACUAUCCUUGCUUCAGCAGGACAACAAAGAAGCCGAAUGCUGGCCACACUGUUUAAAGACGAGCGCUGCCAAACACUCCCAGCAUUCAGCAUUUUGGAGAAAAUGUACUUAGACAGGAUCAUUCGACGCUCGGAGCUGUCAGAGUUUGAGAAUCUAUUGCUUCUCCACCAAAAGGCUGUUGUUGCUGACAACUAUGGCUAUGGGAAAGGCGGAAGUGCAACUAUUUUGGAUCGUGCUGUGAUUGAACACAACUUGCUCUCGGCUAGUAAGCUAUACAACAAUAUCACUUUUGAAGAACUGGGGGCACUUCUUGAAAUCCACCCGCUCAUGGCAGAAAAGAUUGCCAGUCAAAUGAUUACAGAGGGUCGAAUGAAUGGAUACAUUGAUCAGAUUGAUUCAAUUGUCCAUUUUGAGACACGAGAGAUCUUACCAACAUGGGACAAGCAGAUUCAGUCUCUUUGCUACCAAGUUAAUCAGAUCAUUGAGAAGAUAACUAACGUAGAGUCUGGUUGGAUGGCAAAAGCUAUGGACGAACAAAUGGUCCACUGAUACUUUAAGAUUAAGUCUAUAAAAAGCUGUAAAAAAAAUAAAAACCAUUUCUAAAUA